GGCGAACUUAACCUCACAUUGCCACAUGACACCAAUAAAUGACAGCUCAAAAAAUAAAUAAUCCUCGAAAAGUGCAUUUUCUAUCAAAUGUAAACAUCAGAUGUGACCCGCUAUCGCCUGAUUAACCCAUUUUGUGGGUGUAAAUUAGUUUUGAAAUAAGCAUACAAAUUGAGACACACCAUGGCUGCGACCUGGAACAAUGAGUAUUACAUCGCUUUGGAAGGAAGAGAUUUGCAAGCAAAUGCUAUGGCUGUUGAUAAUUCAGGAACUUAUGUUUUAUUAGCAGGGCGGAGGUAUAUUGCAAUAAGAAAUUUAGAUGAAGAUCUGGAAGUUGUUCAAAAAUUUCCAAGACAGAGCAAAUAUGAUGUUGGAGCCGCUGAAUGGAACCCUACUAAUCACAACCGGGAGCUUUGUGUGAUAUCGAGCAAUCAGCGCUUGGAGGUCCUGACUUGGCGUUCGCAAGAGCUAAUCCAGACCCACUCCCUCCGUGCCCACACUCGCGUCAUAACCGACUUAAACUGGCACCGCAGCGACCCCAGCCUUCUGGCCUCCUGUUCCGUGGACACUUUCAUCCACAUCUGGGAUUUGCGCGACGCUCGCCGUCCCUCACUAUCCCUCUCUGCAAUAGCAGAAGCCUCUCAAGUGCGAUGGAACAAAAUCUCAUCGCAUCUGCUUGCCACUGCACACGAUGGCGAUAUCAAAAUUUGGGAUCAACGCAAAGGAACCGCUCCAGUCCAGUACGUGGCGGCGCAUUUAUCGAAAAUCCACGGCCUGGACUGGAAUCCCAACGUCGAGACGCAAUUGGCGACGUCCAGUCAGGACAAUACUGUGAAAUUUUUCGAUAUGAAUAAUCCACGAAGGGCUGAGUAUGUUCUGACGACGAAUGCGCCCGUGUGGAGGGCGAGGUUUACGCCGUUUGGGAACGGGCUGGUGACGGUGGUGGUGCCGCAGCUGCGAAGGGGUGAAAAUAGCUUGUUGCUGUGGAAUACGGCCAAUAGGUCCACUCCCAUGCAUACGUUUGUGGGGCACAGGGAUGUGGUUUUGGAGUUUGAGUGGAGGAAGCAGAGGGCGGGGUCGUUGGAUUUUCAAUUAAUUACGUGGUCGAAGGAUCAGACGUUGUUAGUCUGGAAAAUCGAGCCGUUCCUGCAGAAGUUAUGCGGCCACGAGCCGGACGAACCCCGCGAAGAAAUCGCCAUCAGCAACGAAUCGUCCGAAGUGGUCAAAAUCAAGAAAAAAACCUCACCAAAAAUCCAGCCCUUGCAGCAGGAAUUCUCCCUUCUAAACGUCCACAUCCCCAACCUGGAGGUCACAGCCAUGGACCCCGUAAACCGCACUUGCACCGUCUUCGCCAACGUCUACAACUUCUCCGUUUACUUGCAAGUCUCAUUCCCCAACGCUUAUCCCCACGGCGUUCCUCCAACGUUCCAAAUCCUGCACAACUCAUCGGUGACCGAAGCUGCAGGCGCCCAACUCCUCCAAACCCUCAACCACUUGGCCCAACAAAGAGUAUCAAAAAACCGCACUUGUUUGGAGUCGUGCCUCCGCCAGAUGGUCACAACCCUCGAACAGCUUUCGGCGGAUUCGGAAAACGACCGAAUCUUUGAUAAUUCGUACACGGAACCGAACGUUUUCGGCGGUUAUAACGACGCCUAUAUUCCGUUUCCGCGCACUUCGGGGGCUAAGUUUUGUUCGGUGGGGAUUUUAGUGUGUUUUGGGCGCGCUCCGCACACUAGGAGGUUCUCAGGGAAGGUGGAGGCGACGACUCCGAGGGCCUUGUCGGCUCUGGAGACGGUGUUUUCCAAGAGGUCGAGUGAUCAUGUGACCGUGUCUGCGUAUUACUACCAGAAGCAAAGGUUGAGAGUGAAGCAACAUUCGAGGAAUGCCUCCAAGGCGAUUGUACAUGUGUAUGAUGUUUCCGGGCUGUUACUGACGAAUAGACAGUUGGCAGAGGAGUAUAUUCUGGAUGGGGAUAUUGCCACGAUUUGCAAACAUAAUGCGGCAAGUGCUGCGGUUGUGGGACGCUGGGAUUUGGUUCAGGCGUGGACGCUGGCUGAACUUAUUGCCUGUACAAGGAAUAAGGACGAGGAGUGGUACAAUCAUCCGUUUGGGAAUCAGCUUUCGGAAGCCCUAAUUUCGCAUUAUGCCCAACACUCUGAUAUCCAGAUGGCAGCCAUGCUGUCGUGCAUAUUUGGGAAAAACGAAGUCAACUCUUCUCACCAAUCAAAAAAAUCGCUCAAAUAUACGAACGACACAUCCCCCUAUCACGCAAUUCCCCCCAUGGACCUACCUUCCGACGAAUGGGUAUUUCCCACAUUGAAGCACAUGCGCUCCACAUCACUGGACAAUCUUCGUCUAAACGAAAUCAAAAACCUUUUACCAAAGAAAAAUCCGUCUUCGUCGCUACACGAAUAUUUCAAGCUCUCGUACGCUGAAACCCUUCACAGGUGGGGUUUCUUGUACAACCGUGCCGAAGUCCUGAAGUACAUGUGCGGGCCUCCAGACAAACACGAAGGGGUUGAAUUUUUCACCCAUUGUAAGAAUUGUCUAAAGCCGGACUUGUACGGCAAACAUUGUACGUGUAGUAAUUGUAAAAAAUUUUCGCUGAAUUGUAUUAUAUGCCACUUGUCUGUCCGAGGAUCGGCGAAUUGUUGCAUCGUUUGUGGGCAUGGGGGACACACUAAACAUUUGAAACAGUGGUUUGAGAAACGCGAUGUUUGCCCGUCGGGCUGCGGGUGCAGGUGCCUUACAGAGACAGCCACGAUUUUUGCCACUUAAAUAUUUAUUUUACUUGUGAACGUAACAAGUCCAUUAACUCAACAAAAACAUAAAGGACUCAAUAUUCUUGAAAAUGCCGUUUUUAAUUCGAAUUGGAUCUUAAAUGAAAAUCUACUUGUUUGUUGUUCACUCAUUGUAUUUUGAGAGGCAGUUGUCACUUUGUAACUUAUAAAAUAAAAAAUUGCGUACAGCAAAGUAAAAAAUGCUAUUUGAUUAAAGUAUC